AUGGCGCUUACAAUUUUCCUCAUCAUGGUUGUGCUGCUGCUGCUCGGCUUUCCCAUGAUGAUACCGCUGCUUGCCGCGACGUUUACCGGCUUCAUGAUGCUGUUCGGUGAUAUCGGCAAGACGGACUUCAUGGUUCAGCAGAUCAUGGCGGGCAUUCGUCCGGCGUCUCUGAUCGCAGUUCCAAUGUUCAUCCUUGCGGCAGACAUCAUGACGCGUGGACAGUCAGCCGGCAGAUUGAUCGACAUGGUCAUGAAGUUUGUCGGUCAUGUCAAAGGUGGUCUUGCCGUCAGCACGGCAACGGCCUGUACCCUGUUCGGAGCUGUUUCCGGAUCGACCCAGGCGACUGUCGUUGCCGUUGGUUCGCCACUGCGCCCGCGCAUGCUCAAGGCCGGAUACAAGGACUCGUUUGUCCUGGCACUCAUCAUCAAUGCCUCGGACAUCGCCUUUCUGAUCCCGCCGUCCAUCGGCAUGAUCAUCUAUGGCGUGAUCUCCAGCACGUCGAUUGCAGAAUUGUUCAUUGCCGGUAUCGGGCCGGGUCUUCUGUUGCUCGUGCUGUUUUCCGCCUACAGCAUGAUAUAUGCGACGGUAAAAGGUGUUCCGACCGAGCCGAAGGCCAGUUGGGGAGAGCGGUUGGCCGCGGUCAGGAGAGCGGUCUGGCCACUUGGAUUUCCGCUGAUCAUCGUCGGUGGAAUUUACGGUGGCGUUUUCAGCCCGACGGAAGCUGCGGCCGUGUGUGUACUCUAUGCCGUGUUCCUCGAAUUCGUGGUGUUCAGGUCACUGAAAUGGCCGGAAAUGUACACCAUCGCGAAAUCCACCGGACUGAUCACGGCCGUUGUCUUCAUUCUUGUGGGGGCUGGCGCCUCUUUUUCCUGGGUGAUUUCGUUCGCGCAGGUGCCACAGCAGAUCCUGGCGAGUAUCGGGAUUACGGAGAUGGGACCGCACGGCGUCCUGGCUGUCAUUUCGAUUGCAUUCUUCAUUGGCUGCAUGUUCGUCGACCCGAUCGUGGUGAUCCUGAUUCUGGUGCCGAUCUUUGCGCCGGUCGUGAAGUCGGUGGGACUUGAUCCGGUGCUGGUGGGCACGAUCAUCACGCUGCAGGUUGCCAUCGGUUCCGCAACACCUCCCUUCGGAUGUGACAUCUUCACGGCGAUUGCCAUAUUCAAGCGGCCUUACAUUGAUGUCAUUCGCGGUAUUUUCCCGUUCACGGUCAUUCUGCUGUGCGUCUCCGCCGCGCUGAUCUUCUUUCCUCAGAUUGCGCUGUUCCUGCGUGACCUGGCUUUCCGAUGA